CUCUAGUAUAACACAAUGGCUGCCAAGAAUCUUCCCAAAGUCUUUUUCGAUGUUGCCGUCAACGGUAAGCCUACCGGUCGUAUGACUUUCAAGCUCUUUUCCGAUGUUGUUCCCAAGACAGCUGAAAACUUCCGUGCUCUCUGUACCGGUGAAAAGGGUAUUGGUAAGUCUGGAAAGCCUUUGCACUUCAAGAACAGUGCCUUCCAUCGUAUCAUCCCUGGUUUCAUGGCUCAAGGUGGUGAUUUCACCUUGGGUGAUGGUCGUGGUGGUGAAUCCAUCUAUGGUCACAAGUUCAACGAUGAGAACUUCACUUUAAAGCACAAGGGUAAGGGUAUCUUGUCUAUGGCUAACGCUGGUCCCAACACCAACGGAUCUCAAUUCUUCAUUACCUUUGACAACACUCCUUGGUUAGACGGAAACCACACUGUCUUUGGUCAAAUUGCCGAAGGUACUGAUAUUUUGGACCUUUUGGAACAAUAUGGUACUCAAAGUGGUAGACCCACUGCCAAAAUCGAGAUUGUCGAUUCUGGAGAACUUAAAGAGUAGAAAAUUUAUUUUUAAUUUAAAUUAAUAAAAAUUUUGUUGCUUGUUGUUAAAUACACUA